UGUGCAGUCUGGGCGUCGAGGUGGGGAUUACUGGGGGCCCGCUGUCUGCGAAGCACGUUGACAGGGACAUUGACGUUCAAGAUGGUGCUGGACAUCGACCUGUUUCGGGCGGAAAAGGGUGGCGACCCAGAUCUGAUCAGAAAAUCGCAAAAGAAUCGUUACAAAGAUGUUACGCUGGUGGACAAGGUGGUGGAUCACGACAACGCCUGGAGGAAACAUCGCUUCGACGCUGACAACUGGAACAAGCUGAAAAAUGCGUGUUCCAAAGUCAUCGGAGAGAAAAUGAAGAGCGUGCUGCAGCGCGACGCCGCGCUAUCCAACAUCGGCAACAUCCUGCACGACUCCUGCAUCAUCAGCAACGACGAGGAGAACAACGGUGUGGAGCGCACGUCGGGCGACUGCGCCGUCCGGCGGCGCUACUCGCACGUCGACCUGAUCCACAUGAUCGACGGCAUGGACGGCGAGCGGGGCGCGGCCGUGUCUGGCGCGCGCGGCUACUACCUGACCGGGCCGGCCGUCUUCCUGGAGCAGGCCAUCGUCCAGCUGGCGCUGCGCAUGCUGCUGGAGAAGGGCUUCAAGCCGCUUUACACGCCCUUCUUCAUGCGCAAGGAGAUCAUGCAGGAGGUGGCCCAGCUCAGCCAGUUUGACGACGAGCUGUACAAGGUGGUGGGCAAGGGCAGCGAGCGGGGCGACGACGCCUCGGUGGACGAGAAGUACCUGAUCGCCACGUCGGAGCAGCCGAUCGCCGCUUUCCACCGGGACGAGUGGAUCCCGGAGGCGACGCUGCCCAUCCGCUACGCCGGCCUCAGCACCUGCUUCCGCCAGGAGGUCGGCUCGCACGGCCGCGACACGCGCGGCAUCUUCCGCGUGCACCAGUUCGAAAAGGUGCGCGAGGACGGUGAGGAGCUGAGCUUGGGGACGCUGCGGACGCCGACGCAGCGCGCCACGGAAGGUCGGCGCGUCGACACGCUGGGGUUUGCGCACGUGAGCGACGUGCCUGCACCGAGGUGGCGCAUCUUCGGAGGCUCGCGCGCCGACCCGUGCGACACGUGCCAGUCGUGCGCGAGCUGGCGCCGGCUGGGCUCCAAUGUGCUGAUGCUGUCUGGCGCAUGCGGCCACUGA